GAACGUAGUGCUGCGUACGUAAAUUGUUUUUCUUUUCACACAUCGAAAAAGGACCGUGCAGUGGUGGAAAUCCUUGUUUUCGGUCGUUGGAUUCGGUUUUCCGAUGUAUUUCUUGAUUUUUCUGGCUAGAUGAAGCUAACUAUGGAAAACCAGAAUCGACGAUGGACCGUGCAAUGGUUGCUGGGGUUGGUGACCCUCGUGCUGGUGGUUGGGCACUGUUCGGCGUUCUACGUUCCCGGCGUAGCCCCGGUAGAGUUUAAAAAGGGCCAAAAAAUUGAUGUGAAAGCCGUCAAAAUGACCAGCACCCACACGCAGCUGCCGUACGAGUAUUACUCAUUGCAGCUAUGCUUGCCAAAGAACGGCACGUUUGUGUACAAGAGUGAAAAUCUCGGCGAAGUGCUUCGCGGUGAUCGGAUCGUCAAUACACCGUACGAAGUGCGGAUGGCGGAAAACGUCCAAUGCAAGCUGCUAUGCAAUGCCAAGGAUCGGCCUAUGAACUGGGACCACGAGCAAUCGGCCAAGGUGGCUGAACGCAUUCGCCAUGAAUACUUUGUCCAUUUGAUCAUUGAUAAUCUUCCAGUGGCCACAAAGUUUGUGAAUCCAGAUACGAUGGAACUGCAGUUCGAACAUGGAUACCGUCUAGGGCAAACCAAUGGGCCAAACGUGUUUAUCAACAAUCAUUUAAGAUUCCGAUUGUUUUACCAUCUUCACAGCGAAAAUCAGUAUCGCGUGGUUGGCUUCGAGGUGGAAACGCUUUCGAUCAGUAAAAAUUCGCUCUCUUUCGAUGGUGAUACUUGCAUUUUCCCGGACAAUCCCAAACCACAAGCGGUAACACCGAACGGUAGGACGGAGCUAUACUUCACCUACUCAGUAGUUUGGCAAGAAUCUUCCGUAAAGUGGGCCUCCCGGUGGGAUAUAUAUCUUGGCAUGAACGACGUGCAAAUUCACUGGUUCAGCAUCAUCAACUCACUCGUUGUGGUAUUUUUCCUGUCAGGAAUACUGACGAUGAUUAUGGUACGUACACUGCGCAGAGAUAUUGCCAAAUACAACACCGAUGAUAGCAUUAGCAUCGAGGAUACAUUAGAAGAAACCGGAUGGAAGCUGGUCCAUGGAGACGUGUUCCGCCCGCCCCGAUAUCCAAGGCUUUUUGCGGCUGUUAUUGGCAGCGGAAUACAGAUAUUUUUCAUGGCACUCAUCACCAUCUUUAUUGCAAUGCUUGGAAUGCUGUCACCCUCUUCCCGGGGAGCGCUAAUGACGGCUGGCAUCAUGCUGUACGUGUUUAUGGGUCUAAUUGCUGGCUACUUUUCGGCUCGGCUGUACAAAACGAUGAAAGGACGCAACUGGGAACGAGCGGCCUUCCUCACGGCCACCUUUUACCCGGGAUUGGUCUUUGGUACCUGUUUCUUUUUGAACUUUUUCAUCUGGGAUAAAGACUCGAGCGGUGCCGUUCCGUUCGGUACGAUGGUUGCGCUGUUGCUGCUGUGGUUCGGCAUAUCGUUACCGUUGGUGUAUUUGGGCUACUAUUUCGGCUACCGCAAACAAGCCUAUCAGCACCCGGUGCGUACGAACAUGAUUCCCCGUCAGAUACCCCAUCAGCAUUGGUACAUGAACGUCGGUUUGUGUAUUUUGAUGGCCGGCAUACUACCGUUCGGAGCCGUGUUUAUCGAGCUGUUCUUCAUAUUCUCGGCAAUCUGGCAGAAUCAGUUCUACUAUCUGUUCGGGUUCUUGUUUCUGGUGUUUUGCAUACUGGUCGUGAGUUGUUCACAAAUAUCAAUAGUAAUGACGUACUUCCAGUUAUGUGCCGAGGAUUACCGAUGGUGGUGGAGAAGUUUUAUCGUUUCCGGAGGAUCUGCCGUGUACAUACUGUUCUAUAGUAUAUUUUAUUUCUUCACAAAACUCGAAAUAACGGAAUUCAUACCAACGCUACUAUAUUUGGGAUACACAGGUCUCAUGGUUGUAACGUUUUACAUCCUCACUGGUACGAUAGGAUUUUUCGCUGCGUACAGCUUUAUCAGAAAAAUUUAUGGAGCCGUAAAAAUUGAUUAAACAAACAUUAAGGGCACAGUUUUCGUUUCAACAUUUUUUAAUUUAAAUCAGUUGCUACUCAUAACUUUCACUUUUAACGUAAUGAAAUUCAGAAAAUGCGAUGCCACUACUAACUUUUUAGCCCUCAACGCCGGAAAUCUUUUUUGUGAUAGUACAUCGAACAUACCGGAUGCAGUUCAAUUUUUAGCGCGUAAGAUCAACUCGAACGAAGAAGCACUUAACGCAUUGGAAACGAAUGGAUUAAACGACAAGACUCUUCUCGAGUAAAGGAUAAACGUUUCGUGUACGUUGAGUAGGUGCAGCUGUCAUAGACCAAAAUCCAAACGAAAUGAAUGGUGAGUGUCGUGUUUCGAUACAAGUAAUGUUAUACACAUUUGCUAUGCGUCAUCCAUGUACGGCCAUUGUUGCUGGACAAACUCAGUUCAGUUGACAAACGCUCUGGGCAGACAGACAGACAGACAGACAGAUACGCCCAGACAAUCGGUUAUCAGUUUGCUGAAAUAAUGAUAAACUAUCAUUUACAUCUACAUGAAAUUACGUCAAGACUCUGCAAUUUUAGUUAGUUGUAUGAUAUGCUAAGACUAAAUGUAACUAAACGAUGAAAUAGAUAAAUAAAUCACAGUCUUGAAUGAGUA